CAGGAGGCAGCUGUCCUGGAUUCCUGCACGGCAGAUUGGUGCAGCAAUGUUAGGGCAGGAUGUCAGGUGCCUUCUUGCGGUGGCUGCAGCUUCAGGAAUAGCUACCCUCAUCCUCAUCCUUGUUCAAGUGAAGGACGUUUAUCUGCCUGCAAGAACCAAGUAUGGGAUGGUGUUUGAUGCCGGCUCCUCGCACACGGCUCUCUACAUCUACAAGUGGCCAGCGGAUAAAGAAAACGGCACCGGCAUUGUCAGCCAGGCUGAGGCCUGCACCGUGCAAGGACCUGGGAUCUCCAGUUACGCUGACAACCCCACUAGGGCCGGAGCCAGCCUGAGGGCCUGUCUGGACAAGGCCAUGACGAUCAUCCCUGCGGAGCAACAGAGAGAAACGCCCACCUACCUCGGCGCUACUGCGGGCAUGCGGCUGCUGAGGGAGCAGAACAGCACAAAAGCCGACCUGGUCUUUGCAGAGGUCUCCAAGACCAUCCGGCAGUACCCUGUAGAUUUCCGUGGUGCUCGGAUCCUCACUGGGAAUGAGGAAGGAUCCUUUGGCUGGAUCACAAUCAACUACCUGCUGGAGACGCUCGUCAAGUUCUCUUUCACAGGGACGUGGAUACACCCUGAGGCAGCUGCAGUUGUGGGAGCACUGGACCUUGGAGGAGCCUCGACCCAGAUAACCUUUCACCCUGGUCGGGCCAUUGAGGACAACAACACCGAAGUCCUCUUCUGGCUGUAUGGGACCAACUACUCGCUUUAUACCCACAGCUACCUUUGCUACGGAGAAAACCAAGCCUUGAAGAAGCUGAUUGCAUCCCUCAGAGAGGAGAACCUCACCUCUCAGCAGAUCUCCCACCCGUGCUACCCUAGGGGAUAUGAGGAGAACAUCACUGCCGCUGCCCUGUAUGACAGUCCCUGCGUCCCGGCACCAGCUGCACACGACCCCAGCCAGAUCCUCACGGUGCGGGGGACAGGAGCCCCAGCGGAGUGCAGGAAUGCCAUCCAGAAACUCUUCAACUUCACAGCCUGUGGGGCCAACAGGACGUGCGGGUUCAACGGGGUCUACCAGCCACCGGAGCAUGGGCAUUUCUUCGCCUUUUCCGGAUUUUAUUCAGUCUUCCACUUUCUGAACCUGACCAGCGGGCAUCCCUUGAGUGACGUCAGUGCCACCAUCGAACACUUCUGUGCUAAGGACUGGAAGGAGGUGCAAAUGGUGGAUCCUGGCAUGAACAAGACCCGCCUGCAGGAUUACUGCGCUGCCAGCACCUACAUUCUCACCCUCCUGCUGCAAGGCUACAAGUUUGACAACCAGACAUGGAGCAACAUCCAUUUCCACUGGCAGGUGGCUGCUGUGGAUGUGGGCUGGAGCCUGGGCUACAUGCUGAACCUCACCAACACGAUCCCCUUGGAGGCUCCCAACCGAGUGAAGGGGCAGUGGCCUGACCUGUGGGCAGCGGCCGUGGUCACCACCUGCCUCAUGCUGGCCAUGAUCCUGUGGACAGGCCUGGCUCUGUGCUAUCAGUGGCCCCUUGCCACCUAUGAGACUAUGCUCUAGCUGGCCAGUGCUCCUGAGGCUGGGGCCCUGCUGCCAUCAGGAGCCACACGUGGCUUUCCCCAGACAUCAUGCAGUCCUGUGUGUUAGACGUUCGUGGCCUUACAACCCAGUGCCCCUACUUGCAGCUGGAGGCAUGGUCUGGGAGAGAAACCCCUCCCCAGGGAGGGUAGGAACAUUGGGUUUGAAGGACAAAUGGCAUCUGUUGGCAAAUUGGUGACACUUUUCAGUCUCAUCUCAGCCCUGUGAGCUGUGCUGGCUUCCUGCUCUCCCCCAGCCCCCUUUCCAGUCAGCAAGUCCUGCUGUGCAAACAAAGUCUAUCCUGAGGAGGUGCUGCUGCCUCCUGCAGAGCCCA